AUGGGCUCUGUGCCAAUUCCCUUGCGUUCUCUUAUAAGAAUUGCUUUCCCCAUCCCUCAUCCCGCCCAUCAUGUUGAAGACUCUUGCUCAGUGGCUCGCGCGGUUCAUUCCACGUCGUACGGACGAUGCUUCGUAUCGCGCGGCUCCUCCCAGCCCGAAACUACAUACUGUCGAAAUAGCGAGCUGCUCUGCAGAGAGCAUUCUGUCGGACAUGUCAGAGGGGUCAACUCUAGUAGAUGCACUCCCCAAAAUUUGCCACCGGAUUACACUGCAUAUAACCUGCAUGUAGUUCGCACACGGUCCUUGCUUAGGCAGAUCCUCCCGAGUCGUGUCGUGGACAGGAUUUUCAGUUACACCUACUGUCUCCCCACCAUCUCGCAGUCCAGCGGCCGGAGAAUAGCAGUCGAUGACGACAUUCUCGUGCUCGCCAUACCCCUAACUCAGGCACAAUCCAACAGGAUCAUGCACGUCUCUCUCCUCAUCCGAAGCCACGACCAAGGGUGGAUCCCGGGUCCUGACCGGCUGUCCAACAGGCCCUGGACGUGGUUUACUAUGUGCACCGAGGGGCGACUCGACAUCGACGUCGACGGCGGUCCCCGGCUUGUGACCAACCGCCGUGGUGAUCCGGACACGCAGUCCUACGAAUUUGAAUGGAACGCCACAUCUGCAGAGGUGUGCAGAAUUCAGGAGGGCAGAAAGAUUGAGAUUUGGGCCCAUGCACGAUACUUCGAGUGGGAGAAUGUUGUUGAGGAAGCCAAGAUCACAAUACACUUUCAACUUCUGGUGCCGUCGCCAGCGGAGCAGUGGUCCUGGAUCGAGGCCGCACGCCUUGAAGGGAGGAUGUGUUCGUCUUGGAUAUUUGCUCACAUUCUCCGCGACUGCUUCAGCAAUCGCACAGCAGCCAUCGAAUUGGGCAAAUCCAUCUACCACCCACGAUCCCCUCCGCCGGCAUCCAAGUACCUGGACGUAUGUGAGAACGGCAUAGUCCUGAGGAACUCACUUGCGCUGUAUACGCCGUACCUCUGCAGCAAGCUCAAUGACUCGACUCAUACCCACCGGUCUUUCGCAGCCGUCAUUCAGGGCAUGGACUGCGAGCCACAUCUGCACGGAGAGGAGCGGCAGCGAGUCCUCAAAGAUGUCAGGGACCUGCUGAGUAAUACGGCUGAGAGGAUCCAUCUGCCCUCUGGGACGUGGCCAAACGUGUCUAAGGAGGUCAUCAUGUCCCUUAGUCAGCUGUCAUUCUCUGCGCCACAGUCGGUCACGAUCAAAAUCUUCACGUCGAUGUGGCAGGAUCCAGAUGGCUCCGGGCUUCUGUUGUUCUUUGCGGGACUGCACGAGCAGGAUCGGCUGGACGAAGAGUCUGCGGUCGGGCAGCUAUGCAAGGAAGUUCUUGUCCAGGCAUCCAGCGACGAGGCGAUCAAGUGUUUGGAGCAGUCAUGUCACAGGCUGCAAAGGUUGUUGGAUGGGAAGUACGAGCACCAGCUGAGAGGGCUUGGUCCCCUGGACUAUGUCCGCCUCUGUCGCCUUUAUCUGCGCAUAUAUCAACGCCUCGUUUCCCUCACUGGCAGCAGCUCGCUUUCUACAGGUGACAGACCCCCGACCCCUCUCGACGACGGUGCCGGCACUCUAUGGGCUGAGAUCUGGAGACGUCUGGCUGGUUUGGUUGCCAAGUACUAUGCAGAUAGAGGCUGGAACAGCUCGCCGCGCAAUGGGACGGGAAAGAUGAAAUGGACCACGCUUUCGCAGAAUGGGAAUUUUGUCCAGGCCGUCUCCGACCUGCGGCUCGAUCUUCGUCAGCAGGGCAUCACGAUGGCGGGCGAAUGCAUUGUUGCGAUUGGGGCUCUGGAAUCCCAUAGUGCUGGCCUCUUGCAUGAGCUAAGAGUUGCGCUUGAGCACUUCCUACCGAGCUCGCUGCCUUAGUGCGACAAGCGCAGUCCGCUAGCACGACGAGCGUCACGGUGUCCAUCGAAUCUCGGCAGAGAGCUGCGCUAAGGCGAUCACAACGAGGAGA